AUGGAAACAAUUCUUCUCGAACGAGAAAUGACUAAUCCUCUCGAUGAUAUCGAUUCGAAUCAUUGUUACAAAAUGAAGAGUUCGACUGAUGAAUUGAACGAGGUUCGAACGUUAUUCGUGUCUGGUUUACCAAUGGACGCUAAACCACGAGAAUUGUACCUUCUUUUUCGAGGAUACAAGGGUUAUGAAGGAAGUCUACUCAAAGUAACCAAUAAAAAUGGCAAGAAUCUCUCACCUGUUGGCUUUGUUACAUUUACCAGUCGUGUUGACGCUGAAACGGCUAAACAAGAACUAACAGGCGUACGAUUUGAUCCUGAUCUUCCAGCUACACUUCGGCUUGAAUUCGCUAAAUCGAAUACAAAAGUACAAAAACCUAAACAUGCAACUCAACAUCCGUUAGCAGCUGCAACUCAACAAUUUUUCCAAAUUCCACAAGAAUUAGGCACGGCUUUCUUUCCAACUGAAGCAUGGGGUCAACCUCUCACAUUUGACUUAGCUUCAGCUGGCCUUCAUCAUCCUGCUCUCUUACAUACUGCUCUGCAUGCACCUCCAAUGAGUUUGAGUCAUCCACUAACCGGAACGACAGGUAUGUCACAAAUACAACAGUCGAAUCCUGGUGUUACGGUAACGAACGGCCAGUUGAAUGGUGGCUGUUCAACAUUAUUUUUAACCGGAAUUCCUGAGCAUGAUUUCAAGAACAUGUCAUUUGCGCUACCUGGAAAAGCCCUUUGA